AUGGGCGAGGACGGAAACAGAAGCAAAAAAAGCUUCAAGCCCUACCACUCGAAGAUAGUUCCUCGAUCUUCAAUCCUCGAGGCUGCGUGUGGCGACGAGCCAGUGACCACAUUGAUGCUGAGAAACAUCCCCAACAAGUACACGCAGAACAGCUUGAUGCAGGAGAUUUGCGCACGUGGUUUCCGCGGUGCCUUUGACUUCUUCUACCUACCAAUGGACGUGCACAAUCGAAGCAAUGUCGCUUACGCCUUCUUGAACUUCAUUUCUCCAACAGAGGCCGAGAACUUCCGAAACGAGUUCCACGGUCGGCAGUUCCACAGGGUCAGAAGUCGCAAGGUGGCCGCGGUUUCCAACGCCCAUCUACAAGGUCUGGAAGCGAACCUGCAGCAUUUCGAGCACCGGGUCGUGCUUCUGUCUAGGAACGAUCAGUAUCGACCAGUUGUUUUCCGGAACGGUCACCGAGUCAAGUUCGAGGAUGCGUUGAACGAGGUUCGAGCGAAGCAGCAAUCCGCUGCGGCAACUGCCGCUUUGGAGUCAUCAGCCAAGGUGGCUUGCCAUACCGGUGAUGCUCUGAGAGUGGAUCUGCAGGAAAACUUGCGCAUCCUGUUGGAGGCGAGAAUGCACGAGGCACUCAUCCAGCUGCCUAUCUGCGGAGUAAAGCCCGACUUCUCGAGUUUUUCAAGUGGAAUCCAGGAGGGCAGAUCCCAUCUUGCACAGCAGGUGGGGCUGAACGACAUGGAUCUGUCAAGGCCUGGCCAGAUCGCCUCGGAACUUAUCCAGAGCGAUGGCUGGCAUUGCAACAGGUUUUUGGCAAGCUCACUUGGGCCCGUGGGCCAGGAGCUCCAGGAUUUCCCCGAUCCUUGCAAAUUUUGGCUUUAA